AUGACGCAGUACCCAAAACACAUGUCAAAUAUGACGCAGUACCCAGAACCCAUGUCAAAUAUGAUGCAGUACCCAGAACACGUGUCAAAUAUGACGCAGUACCCAGAACCCAUGUCAAAUAUGACGCAGUACCCAGAACACGUGUCAAAUAUGAUACAGUACCCAGAACCCAUAUCAAAUAUGAUGCAGUACCCAGAACACGUGUCAAAUAUGACACAGUACCCAGAACCCAUAUCAAACAUGACGCAGUACCCAGAACAUGUGUCAAAUAUGACGCAGUACCCAGAACAUGUGUCAAAUAUGACGCAGUACCCAGAACAUGUGUCAAAUAUGACGCAGUACCCAGAACCCAUGUCAAACAUGACACAGUACUCAGAACCCAUGUCAAACAUGACACAGUACCCAGAACCCAUAUCAAACAUGACGCAGUACCCAGAACACGUGUCAAACAUGACACAGUACCCAGAACACAUAUCAAACAUGACGCAGUACCCAGAACACAUGUCAAAUAUGACGCAGAACCCAUGUCAAAUAUGA